ACCGGCCGCAUUUAAAGUCAGAAAUUCCGAGAGGUCACGGGAACUUGGCAACCACAGUGGCUAGCAAGACUGGUCGUCAUAGCUUUCAAUCUAGAUAGCACCAGUGUUUUGAUGACCCACGACGAAGAGAAGCUAUUGAACGUUAACCUUGUACAAGAUAGCUAUCCGCUGGCUUUAAAAUGACAAGUAUCAUCUUAGUAUGAAUCAAGCUCGCUAACACCUUGUAGUUUAUUCAUUUCCAAAUGUGAAUGAGGUCGCAAGCAUACAGGCGUCUACGAUCAUAAAUACCGAGCUACGGUAAGGAUGCCAGGAAAAUCGGCGAAGACUGUCAAGGUCUAAGCCAGAGGCUCCGCAUUCUGGGAUGUCCAAGAAUGGAUACUUCUUCCAGGAGAUGGAGUUGCGGGAAGGGGAGCAGGACGACGGCUGUGAGAGCAGAGAGGAGGGGCAGGACUCGCCCAUCGCCUGUGCCGACGACAUCCAUCUCUAUGGCAACCAGAUACACCCAGCUUCAGAAUCAGACGACUCAGGAUGCGUCUUGCUGAACACUUCAAGAAAAUAUGUAAAGCUGAUGAACUUCGAGGAGGAGGUGCGGGCGCACCGGGACCUGGACGGCUUCCUGGCGCGGGCCAGCAUCCUGCUGGACGAGACAGCGGCCUCGCUGGACGACGUGCUGAAGAGGAUGCUGCGGCACGUGGGCCAGGACCGCCACACCGCCGAGCCCAGCUGCAACUUCGAGGAGAUCAUGAGCAUGCUGUUCACCGACGCCGGCACCCAGGAGGUCACCGACCACUAUCACAAUUUCGCUUUCUCAGACGACGUGCACCUGCUCUCCGAGACGAUCCAGGGGGUCACUGCCACGGCAACGGGAGUCCAAUACCAGCAGUCCUGGCUCUGUAUCCUCUGCAAUGUGAAGAGCCUGCAGAGGCGGCACGUGUGCAUCUCCCGUCUGGAGCGGCCGCAGAACUGGGGGGAGAACUGCUGCGAAGUGCGCUACAUCAUCCUGGUCCUGGCCCCGCACAAAAUGAAAAGCACAAAGACGGCGAUGGAGCUGGGCCGGACCUUCGCCACCAUGUUCUCCGACAUUGCCUUCCGGCAGAAGCUCCUGGAGACCAAGACCCAGGAGGAGUUCAAGGAGGCCCUGGUGAUGCAGCGCCACCAGCUGACGGAGGCCAAUCAGAAGCCCACGGCCGUGGAGGAGGAGACCGACCCUCACAGCAAUAAGCCGCUCCUGUGUAAGGACUUCCUGAAGGCGGGCCGGGGGAUAUACGAGGACCUGUGCCGUCGGCUGCCGCUCUACCCCUCAGACUUCACCGACGGUAUCGUGGGGAGUAACAAGACCCUGCUGAAGUACCUCACCACCGCCAUCUUCCUCUACAUCGCCAUCCUCCUGCCCGCCAUCGCCUUCGGCUCGCUGAACGAUGAGAGCACGCGGGGCGAGAUCGAUGUCCAGAAGACCAUCAUCGGCCAGAGCAUCGGAGGGGUCAUCUACUCUCUGUGUGCGGGGUCCCCGCUGGUCAUCCCCCUGACCACCGCGCCCCUCGCCAUCUUCAUCAGCGUGAUCCGGGGCAUAUGUGAUGACUACGACCUGGACUUUGCGGCCUUCUACGCUUGCAUCGGCCUGUGGAACAGCCUCUUCCUCAUCCUGGGAGGAGUCUUCAACGUCAGCCUCCUCAUGAAGCUCUUCAAACGGUCCACAGAGGAGGUGAUCGCUCUGUUCAUCUCUAUCGCCUUCGUGGGGGACGCGGUGAAGGGCACUGUCAAGAUUUUCCAUAAGUGUUACCACACGCCGGUGGGGGUGGGGAACAGCAGCGUGGGGGAGCUGCCCCGCGUGCAGGAGGCGCUGCUGCAGGGAGCCAAUGAAACGCACAACUCCACUGGGGGCGGAGCCUUCUCCCUGCACGAGGCCGUCAUCCAGUGCACCCGCGACCAGCCCGUCCUCUGCCUGCUGCUCACCCUGGGCACCCUGUGGCUCGGGUACACCCUCUACCAGUUCAAAAGGAGCCCCUUCCUCCAUGCCAAAAUCCGAGAGGUGUUGUCGGACUGCGCCCUGCCCAUCUCGGUUCUCAUGUUCUCCUUCAUCGGCUCCUACCUGUUCAGAGACAUCUCGCUCCCCGUGUUCAACUUCCACAACGGGCCCAUGUUCACCGUGGCGCCCUUCGAGAGGCUGUCGGGCAUGAACAUCCUGAGCGCCAUGGGGCUGGGCUUCCUCCUGGCACUGCUCAUCUUCAUCGACCAGAACAUCGUGGUGUCGCUGACCAACGCCCCGGAGAACAGGUUACUGAAGGGCACGGCGUAUCACUGGGACCUGAUGCUCUCGGGCUUCAUUAACAUCCUGAUGUCAGUGCUGGGGUUGCCAUGGAUGCACGCGGCCUUCCCCCACUCCACGCUGCACGUGCGCCAGCUGGCCUGCGUGGAGCAGCGCGUCGAGGGCGGGCACCUCUACGAGACGAUUGUGAGUGUGAAGGAGACUCGGCUGACCUCUCUGGCGGCUAACAUCUUUAUCGGGGUGUCGGUGCUACUGCUGCCCGUCCCGCUGCAGUGGAUCCCCAAACCCGUGCUGUACGGCCUCUUCCUCUACAUCGCCCUCACCUCCAUCGACGGGAACCAGAUGUGUGACCGCAUGGCCCUGCUGCUCAAAGAGCAGACCUCCUACCCUCCCACCCACUAUAUCCGGAAGGUUCCUCAGAGGAAGAUCCACUACUUCACGGCCCUGCAGAUGAUGCAGCUGCUGAUCCUGUGUGCGUUCGGCAUGUACCCCCUGCCCUACAUGAAGAUGAUCUUCCCCUUGCUGAUGAUUCUGCUCAUACCCAUCAGGAACUCCCUCCUGCCCAGGAUCAUCGAGGCCAAGUACCUGGACAUCAUAGACUCCCAGCACAUGUGAAAGGAAGCGCAGGCCUCAGCUUACGAGUGCCAGCCAGGAAGCCACGCGUCCCUUUCCCCCCCGCGGGCAGCCGUGGGGAGCCGCGGGCCUCCAGCGUGAGGCUGAGCCUGGAGCCCGGCGGAUUCCUGGCUGCAGCGUCCUUCCUCUGUCCGUCCCGCACCCCUCUGCCUAACGGCUGACCCUAACCCUAACCCCCACCCCUCUGCCUAACGGCUGACCCUAACCCCCACCCCUCUGCCUAACGGCUGACCCUAACCCCCACCCCUCUGCCUAACGGCUGUUUCGCUCCAUUCUGUCCGGUUGCUCUUCUCCACUCAGGCAGAUCUCAAAGAUUGUUUAAAAGGGUGUUGUAGACCUCCCACACACACACACACACAACACACACACUUAAAUCUGCAUACAUGUACAUGCUUAUACAUACAUACCUACACGUGUUUACCCAUACACGCACGCACACACACACACGUAAUACCUGUGCACGCACAAACAUGCUAUCUUGCAGAGCAAAAGCAGACGUUAAAAUGAAAAAACUGUCACAAGUACAUGUGGAUGCCGCAGAUCUGUUCCUGAGCAUCAUUACCCAGAAACCCCACAGUGCCACAUUUUUACUGACGUCGUCAUAAAAUCCAUCACAGGCGAGGCUUCCAGCUGCACUCCUCAAUAGUAUUCCAAAGCAAUACCUUCUCAAAUUCUAAAUACGAAAAAAAGAAAUUGAUGUAUUUUUGGAGUGUGUCCAGUUUGAUUAAGUUAUUGAUUGAGAUGCGGCAGGCACGGGUUCCCCUCUCUCUCCCCUCCUGGCUCUCAGGGAGGGAGACACCAAGCACGGCCGCCCUGUCCCCACUUCCUCUCGUUUCACGGCUGCUUUUUCCAUCUCUCCGUUUUUUUAAUCUGCCGGUCAGAGACGCCGCGCGUGAGGAUCGCGCCCCCGCUGUCUUUCAGCUCAGGGCUGCGGUCCUGGCCGCAGGAAGUCCGGGCGGGUAAAGAGGUAGUGGGGGGGGGGGGGGCAGAGGGGGGCUGCUUUGGUCCCACAGUGGGGCUAAACGCAGACCCAAACACACACACACACCCUCGACUCGGAGAGAGCCGUCACAACCGCCACACUCAUUGCUUUCUUGUGGGAGUUUAUUUUUCUCAGAUGAAUCCCAGUAUUUUUUCAUUUAAAAAAAAAUUUAAAUUUACAAUUAUUUUUUUACAGCUUUUUAGUUCUUCUGCUGAAGAAGUUUUUUUUUUAUUGUUUUUAAAUUUUAAUUUAGCCUCAGAUCCAGACCAGUCCUCCGGACUCCAUGGCAACGAUUUCAUAGCCAGGGUUUCUACCCGCAGUUAGUUCCUCGCAGACAGUUUUUGGGAGGGCGCUCACUUUUUUUGUGGAACCUGCACCUCCGCCCCUCCAGGUACUGAGCCUGGGCUGCAGGGGGGGGGGGGAGGCUGGUUUUGGGUCGUCGUGACGACGGGAAGGCGUAGUUUGAGGAAGGUUUUCCUCGCAUUUAUAGUUACGUUUGCCAAUGCCGUUUCCUCUCACUGUUCUUGUUUUCCGUACCUUUGAAUAAAAUGAUGUGAGAUGAUGUUCAGUGUCCUGCGUAUUUACAACACAAGAGACGGGAAAUGUGAACACUGUUAGCGUUAGCAGGGUCCGUGACAUAUACUUCAAAACCUCCUGACCAGAGAUUGUGAGAUGUUUUUAAAAAAUAAAUAAAUAAAUAAUCUGUAUUUGUUUGAAAAUCUGCACAUUUCUUAAAACAUUAGAGUGGUUCACGAAAACACGUCUUUGGUAAAUCUUAUCUUUUCUGCAGAAGCAAAAACCUCGCUAAGGCUGACAGUACUGUUGUUGUUGGUUUUUUUUGUAUUUCGUCUGUUGCAGGUAAAAAUUGCUGUGAGAUUUUCUUCUUUCCAGUUAGUCAGAAAUUACAUUUCUACCUUGUUCUGUGAUUUUGGAUAUUCAUUCGUUUUUUCCGAAUUUUUAAAGUUCUCUGUUGUACUAUGUUAUAGUGAGCUGAAACUGUACCCCACCCUCACGACCAGCUGGGAUUAAGAAAUUUUAAAAAUCAGUUUCUAAAUGUCAACAAUAAUUUUGUCACAAAAUAAGCUAAAUUUGUGAGCUGUAAUAUGUUUUAAAAUCAAAAGGAACGUGUGAGCUCAAGAUAUAUAUUGUACACUGAAAACGAUCAUUUCAAGCAGUUUACCAAAUAAAAAGUGACUGAGCUAUAAA